GUGAAUAGUUGCACGUAAAACGUAAAACGGGAGGUUGGGGGAUGCCUGGGCUCGGGCCGCGGCCGCGACCAGCCCGCCCUGGCCAGCAACCUUAAAUUCCACGCGACCAUGCAAUGCACUGCCUUGAAGCUCACGCUCCAAAAAUAUCAUCCCGUUUCCUCUUCAAACAUCAGACAUCUCACAUCGGACGCCAGACACCAGGCCAGACGCCAGACACCAGAAACCAGGCACCAAAACACCAAACAUCAAACAUCACACCGCUAACCCCCGCAUCACACCGCCAAGACCACAACCUCUCCCCCCUCUGUCCCGCCAGCCCGCAUUCACGAGCUGUGAUCGGCGCAACCAUGGCGCAGGCGACGCUGAGCCAGGAGGAUCUCAAGGCCCUCGAGCAGGCACGGCAGCGGCUCUACCAGCUCUCCAACAGCAUCGCAUCCCUCAAGGGCGACGUCCUGCGAAGCAGUCCUCUCCCGCAAUGGUCCGUCGGCACUUGCGGUCUCACCCAUCUCCCGUGCGUAUCACCAAUGCUAAUGCGGCGUGUUCAUGCAGGUCGUCACUCCAAAACUCUGCCUCAAUCCUUGCCAGCAACGUGGUCGCCCUUACCGCCCACCUCAACAACCACGCCGAACUCCUCAGCAAGACGGUUGUCUACCCGUCCACCAACUACCCCGGCCGCACACAAGAGGGUUGGCUGGUGCAGCUGCUGCGGAAGAAGCUGGAGCCCCACGUGGAGACGUGGGUGGAGGAGGGACGUGAUAUCCAAGCCGACCUCAAUGCCGGGGACACAGAAGCGGCGCUGUUGAGCUGGGCCAAGGACUGGAGCAGCGAGCGGAUAUCCAGCUAUGCCCAGGAAGAGGCGGGAGAUAACUACACGGUUGCUGAGAGGGAGAUGGGCAUUGAGAACGUCAGGACCGGGCUGAGGAGGAAGUUGGAGGAAUCUGAAAGUGAAGAAGAGGACGAGGACGAGGACGAAGACGAGGAAAUGGAGGAUGCUGGAGUUCAGGUCACAAGUGCACGGCGAUCAAGCAUGGGACAAGUAGAGUUCGGCAUGAGCGAGGUCAAGAAGGAUCCCAACGGCAAGGCUCGGACCGUUGAAGAUAUACUGAGGUUCGCGACGAGUGGGGCUGAUUUGGGGCCCGUACGCCGGUGAUUGGAUGUCAGGCUUAUGGCCGGGUUUUGAAGCCACCAAAAUACAUGGAAUGUAGAGUCAGUCCAACUUCCGAUCAGCACAGUCAGCCAACCCUUAGCCAACCCAGCAGAGUCGAUUGAUUACUGGUCGAAAAAGGAAUAGUUGGGUCAGAUAUCACGCACAGUACAUGUCUUCUCAGCUGGCACUAACACCCCAUCU